AUGUGGAUGAUAUUUGAGAUCACCAUAGAGUUGAAGACAACCCAGAAGGACAGCCUGAUCUUCUACAUGGCGGAUCCGAGCGAGAACUACUACGCCGCUCUCCAGCUCAUGAAAGGAUUUGUCUUCUUUAACUUCAAGAUUGGAAACUCACCGGUCUUCAUGGAUUCUGACUUUGUGAUUGAUGAUGGCUACUGGCAUACGAUUGAGAUCUCUAGAAACAGGAAGACCGGAACUCUUCAGGUGGAUGGUACCAAGCGAAAGAGGGCCAAGUCGGACAACGGUCGCAAGAAUCUCAACAUCCAAUCACCCAUCUAUAUCGGUGGUCUACCUCUUAACAGGCAGUCACCCAACGUGUAUGGGGAUGGAUUUGAUGGCUGUAUACGCAAGUUCCAUUUGAAUGACAAAGUCAUUGACUUGACUGGAAAGGCCAAUAAUUCUUACGGAGUCGUGACAUGCUAUACCAACACUGAACCAGGACAUUACUUCCAGGGAAUCGGCCAUGCACUGCUCGCCAACCAACAGCAGAUUGGAUCUGACUUUGAACUCCUCAUAGAGUUCCGGACAGCGCAGAAAGAUGGCCUCCUCUUUGCAGCCACUGAUCUAGAUGGUGUGGGAGUCACAGUUGUAAUUUCAAAUCAUGACAUCCUUCUCAAGCUGUACACUGGCCGUAGGAUGGCAGAGAUCCCUUUCCGAGCUCACAACAAUUUCACCGUCUGUGACUACCAGUGGCAUCUGGUCCAGGUGGUGGAACUAAACGGUCUAUGGCAGCUCUCCGUCGAUGGCAUCAUGGCCAACAAUCUCAGGGGUACGGUCAGACUACCGGAAGACGAGCGCUACCGUUACUACGCCGGUGGUAACCCAUUAUCUAACCCUGACGGCAUCCGAUUCAAGGGCUGUAUACGACGCCUGGAGGUCAACGGAGGGUCCGUCCCCGUCGAGUCGUCGAUAGAGAUCGUGGGCGUGGUGCCUCUAGAAUGCCCCGUCGUAUGACGACGAUGACAUUGAGGGAUCACCGCCCCUGUCGAGUCAUCGAUAGAGAUCGUGGGUGUGGUGCCUCUGGAAUGCCCCGUUGUAUGACGACGACGACGC